AUGUCUUUUGGUUUCUCCAUAGGAGAUAUAAUUCUCGUUAGCCAGUUAGCGUACGACCUAUACUCGACCGUCAGCUCUGGAAGGCAAGCAGCGUCGCGCGACUUGAGAGAGCUUGAGGAGGUGCUCUUUAGUCUGAGAUGUGCUCUGGAUCACCUCAAAGAGGUGUCCCAUGACGUGCUUACAAGACCAGGGCUCCCAGAUGGCGACGAGCUCAUGGAGAAGCUUGGUAUGAUGAUCAGCUCUUGCGCUUCAACGUUACAGGAGCUAGAUACUGUGACGAAGAAGUAUCGUCUGGUCGAAAUGGAGGCAGGCAAAGAGAAGACUAGCUUGCGCACGCUGGAAGACGUCAAGAAGAGUAUUCGCGUUAACUGGCAGAGGGUACGAUGGGACCGCGAGAAGCAGUGGCUGCAACAAUACCGAGAGAAGCUUAAGUCGCAUACCGAUGCGAUAAACCUCAUCUUAACUUCAGUGGUCUGGGAGACUGUUACUUCUGCUAGCGAAAGUAGCAAGAAGAACCACGAAAAGACACAUUCUUUGCUGAGUGAGGUGUUGCGCAACCCAGCUGUAGAUGCUGGGUUCCGAGCGAUGGUGCAAGAGAUACACGCCGUACUUAUCAAACCAAGCCCAAAGCCAGAAGAAGUCCAGAUGGAAGCGAUACCAAGUACAGGAUUGGCUUACAACGAGCCCAAUGUUACUGCGAGUUCACUGAUCGGAUCGAUAGUUGGCGAAUCAUCUGGCCCAACGGAGAUACACGAAAGGAGGUUGCCUUCAGUGAGCAUACAUGCGAUGUCUGCUUUGCCAUAUAGAACAUCGAGGGCAAUAGCGUAUGCUCGUGAUCCCUCCGGAGAAGCCUCGACACAGGAGGUUGGAGGUGCAACGCUUUGGAAAGGCCAAACUACGGCUGAGAGCGCACUCCGUCGUGAAUAUCCGACUGGCCAUGGUAAUCUAUCAAUUGCCACCAUCCAGCUCAACAGCGAACGCCGUGCUUUCGGAGCAAAAGAGUUCAAAGCCUUCAAACAGCGACACGCACAGCCGAAGAAGGUUUCGAAGCCUUCUUUCCUCACGAGUGUGGCGCCCACUAGUCAGGAGCUGCAGGCCUGUAUACCACACAUCUUUCGAUCGACGGUAGACGGUAAGCAGGAGACGCAGGAGCUGAAGAACGAGAUAACUCGCUGGACGCAUGAGUUCUCUCGCUUCGUCAACGACACGAAAGCGAGUCAGGCGGAUGAAGACAGACGUUUCUUGACGUUGUUAGGGGCGCUGAACGAGGCAGUCGAAAGUAGCACAGGAAGAAUGCGACAGCUGUUCUAUGACAUUUCGCACUCGGCAGGCUUCACAUCAGUACUGAAUCAGGUAGAGACAGUAUCGAAAAGCGCGAGAGUGAAAAAGGGGAUUGAAGACUUCCAGGCUGACAAAGAAGAUUGGGAGGAGCACAGCCGAAGUCGUUAA